AUGGCGGAGCUGGGCAAUGAGAAUGCCGUUUCUGCCUUACUCCGCCAUGCCUGCAAGGAGGAGUACGUGGUCGAGCGAGAGGCGAGGACGUUUGGACGUCAAUUGUUGCCUUGGCUGCGCAGCAACAGCACUCCACGUCGCGUUGCAGCCUGUCCCUUUUCUGGGGAAGAUGCCAAGGCCAAUAAUCGAGGUGCCUUGAGUUGGGCUAUUUUCUUGGAGGUCAUUGCUUUUUACAGCCGCAUGGUCAUGCGAAUACGAGUGAGUAAUUGCUGUACCAAUGCGGUGGUCCGUGACCUGUUGCUUAUCAAUAGUCUCGAAGCUAAUCGAGUACGGAAGUACGGGGUAUGUAUUUAA